UAUGUCUGGUACCGAAAAAAUGAGAUUUAACACAACAUUUAAACAUGCUUUAUCACUCUAUAUGUACAAAAUAUGGCAGUGGCUUUCCUUUUGCAUGUUUAAAAGUUGGGAUUUGCUUUUGCUUGUUUUUGUGUUAUUAUGAAUAUAUUUAGCUGAUAGGGAGCAGCUGACCUAUGAGUGUCAUCCUCAUGCAGAAAUGAAUGAUCCCAAGAACUCGAGGGUUAUCAUUUUCUCAAAUUUUAGAGGAAGUGUUAGGGACAUAAUGAGUGCAUUAGAAAACAUCGGACCAUCUGUUAAAGCCACAGAGUUUAUAGGACAAAGCUCAGGAAAAACAUUAAAGGGCCAGUCACAAAAGGUUCAACAGGCUGUUCUAGAGAAAUUUCGAGCUGGUGGGUACAAUGUCAUUGUUGCAACCUCGAUUGGAGAAGAAGGCCUAGAUAUAAUGGAAGUUGAUUUAGUUAUUUGUUUUGAUUCUAAUCUCUCCCCAUUGAGAAUGACUCAGCGCAUGGGGAGGACAGGAAGGAAACACGAAGGGCGAGUUGAUAUCCUUUGGCCAUCUAGCUUGCUUAUUACAAAUUUUCUGCUGUAUGUGGCCUAAAUUUCUGUUAAGCAUAUAACCAUGGUUAGGCUAAGCAUUAAGCUUGGUAGCAAUUAAGCUGAAAUUUAUUAUUCAAAGAUUAGGAGGUCAUGCCUUAUCUAUAGGCUCAAGCUAUUGUGUGAUAUUCCAUAUUUCUAAAUCCUAACCUGGACUAAGACAUGCAAUCACAAACAAAUUAAGAUAUGUACUAAACUAACUAGGACAAU